AUGGAGGAUGAGGAAGGCUACACCGCUUUAAAUUUACGACACUCAGCUUCAGUUGUUACUUCUGGAAAUUCAAGCAGCAACAAAUGUUCUGUAUUUAAAGCUCCAGACAGUUGUGUAACAGUAAACAGAGCCUCUGCCUCAUCUUCCAUAUGGCGGCCAAUGGCCUUUGUGUUUCUUGGAUUGUGCCUGGUGCUGCUGAUGGGGUUGGUAGGCCUGCUGGCCCUCUCUUUUCAGGUUUCCAAGGAUCCUGAGGAAGGAAAGAAGCUGAAAGAAAUGAAGGAAGCACUGUGUUUUGAAGGGAAGGAGAAAAAUGAAACAAAAUGUGCUCUCUGCCCAGCAAGCUGGCAGACCAGUGGAGCUGACAGCUGCAUCUACAUUUCAAAGGAGAAGAAAACAUGGAAGCAAAGCCAGGAGUUCUGUUCCUCGAGAAACUCCACACUUCUUGUACUAAAAGACACAGCAAAGAUGGUUUUUCUGCCAAAGGAUCCACAUUUUUACUGGGUUGGAUUAUCAUAUGUAUCCGGAAGGAGGGGUUGGUACUGGGAGGAUGGUACAGCUUUUUCAAAAGAAGAAACAAACUGGGCUUUAUUAUAUGACAACAUCUUCUGUGCCUCUGUAUAUGGACAGUUUAUUUAUGCCAGCUACUCCUGUUUGACAGAGCAAUUCUGGAUCUGUGAGAAAGUGGCUUUUCAUCUUACCUGA